AUUUUCAUAGAAACAGGUCGCACGUGCCGGAAUACGGACAUAAGUGUAAUAUUUGGAUCUAGCUUCAAUAAUAUGAAAAACGAUGUUCUUGAUUAUGUAUAAAUUGGUGAUAGCGGCUUUGCUAGCGGAGUGUUACUCGCAAGACUGGUACCCUGAGAAUGAUGGAUGCACCCCAGUUAUUGAUGACACGACUGAUCGUACCGAGUGCUUACACACUGUAUAUUGUACUAAUCUAGUUAGCUUUAGGAUGACCCGUCACGACGAAUGCAGCAAUUUUGUUCAUAGCGAUCUACAUCGUAGCUAUUUGGAUCCCAUUCACGUAUUGUUUCAAUGCAAUGACAAAGAUGAAGCUGUCCCGAAAACUUCUAAUUAUGAAAGUUAUGUUAUAUACUCAAUAGAUCUAAGUACGAAUAUGUAUACAGCUGUUCCUACUAUACGUUCGUUGCCCAAUUUGGCUAUAUUAAAAAUAACGGGAUCUUUGCUGUCGAAAGCGAAACUUUCAAAUGAAAAUGAUCUGCCAAAUCUUGUAGCUAUAGACUAUUCAGAAAACAUCAUAACUAGUUUUGAAGUGGUUUCUGGUGAACACGAAUUCAAAUCACUGAGGAAACUGAACUUAUCACAUAAUAAAUUAUAUAAUAUCCAAGACGGCACAUUCGAUUUAUUUCCAAAUAUAGAAUCGUUGGAUCUAUCGCACAAUUGUUUUGACGCAAUUGAUAUCAUGUUCUCUGAAGGUAUAAAAAAGCUUUUACAUUUAAAUAUUUCUAAUAACAGAAUCAUUUACUUAGAUUCUUCAUUACAAAGGCUGCGAUAUUUAGUUACAUUAGACCUUAGUUAUAAUCUUAUAGAAACAUUAACAACAAAAGAUUUCGCCAAAUUAGUAAAAUUAGAGGAAAUUAAGCUUGAAUCUAAUAAAAUUCAGACUAUAGAAAAACAUGUGUUUGAUAAUAAGCCGUCAUUAACUACAAUCGAUUUACAACAAAACGCUUUAGAUUAUAUUGAUCCAGACAUUUUUUUCAACGUCACCAUGUUAACGGGUAUUUAUCUUUCCAAUAAUAAGUUAAAAACUUUUCCAAAAAAUGUAUUUAAAGGUAAAACUGUAUUUUACUUCACAAUCGAAGGCAACCAACUAGAGGGGCCCCUAGAAAGAGGGUUGUUUGAAGGACUUGGCAUGGUUAGAGAAUUGGAUUUAAGUGGCCAGCAUCUAACUUCUAUAGAAAAUUACGCCUUUUCUGGGCUUCAACAUUUAGAAACCUUGUUGUUGAACCACAAUGACGUGGACAUAGUAAGAAAUUAUUCAUUUAAAGGUCUACAACAUUUGAAUACUUUAGAUUUAUCUUAUAAUAAAAUUGACAAACUCGACAUUGUUAGUGAGGAUCUGAUUAGUUUGCAAGUAUUAAAAUUACAUCACAAUAAUAUAGCACACAUCUCAAGUAACAAUUUUAUUUCAUUAGGAUCUUUGCAGUUACUAGAUUUAUCUCAUAAUAAUAUAUCGCACUUGGGAUCUAAUUAUUUUCGAUCUUUACAAAGUUUAAGGGAUUUCAAAAUCUCAGACAAUCCAUUUUGUGGGUCGAUAGUGGAGAAAACGUUUGACGGGUUAAGCUCUUUACCAAGUCUUGAUAUUUCCGGGACUGUAAUAACUGCAGUAAAUAAUGGUUCUUUUAUAGGUAUGACACAAUUAAGAGAGUUAAAUAUUUCAAAUAGCAACAUAACUGACCUCCAAUACAAUUCACUGUCCUACAUUGGAAAACUUCUAAUAAUAGAUCUUUCAAAUAACCAACUGUCUGUAUUCGAUGUUAAUACAACUGACUUAAUAAAUCUUGACACGUUGCUGUUGAAUAAUAACGUGUUACAAGUAAUUUCACAAACAGCUUUUACAGGACUGAGUCGAUUAAAAACGAUUGAUUUAUCGCAUAACAAAAUUCAUAUCAUUAACGGAGAAACUUUUUCAAAAGAUAUUCAAAAUUUAGAUCUGUCUUAUAAUCCUGAAUUAGAAUUUGAUGUAUCUUUAGUCAAAAAAUCCGUAAAUUUAGCAAAACUUUUUAUUUCGAGAACAAAAGCAGUUUCAAUAUCACUUACAUUUGAAGAUUUAAAGGGCAUGCUUCUGAACACAUUAGAAAUGACUCAUUUGAACAUUCAGGACAUAAGUAGUUUAAAGUUAUUUAAUCUGCAACGUUUGGAGACGUUAAUAUUGAGUAAUAAUGCUGUUUCUAAGCUCAAUGUCGGUGCUUUGUCUAAUUUGACGUUCUUGGUACAGUUGGACCUAAGUUAUAAUAACUUAAAUUACAUUCAGCCUGGGAGUUUUAAGGACAACACCUAUUUAAAAGUAUUAAAUAUCUCUCACAAUAAAUUACUGGAAAUUAGUCACGGCAUAUUCCAGGGUCUUUUGAACGUGGAAAUUAUAGACUUAUCGUUUAACAAGAUUAAAGAUUUACACCGAUCUAGAUUAUACGAUGUUGAGCACUUAAAAAGUCUUAUAGUUGAUAACAAUGAAAUUGAGUUUAUUUCCGAAGAUGAGUUCUUAGGGACUAAAUUAGCUAAACUCAGCAUAGGCGGUAAUCCAAUACCAUGCAAGAUUUUGUAUGAAAUCAAAAGAAAAAGCAUACAUAUCAGUAUCACUGCCAUGAAUAUUGACAAAACAAAAGACAAUUUAAAAGGGGUUACAUGUAAUAAAGACGGUUAUAAUUUUGAUUCAAAUAUGGCACCAGAAACGUUUGAGCAUAAUAAAUUGCUAUUUGACAUAAGAAAUAUCUUGUUUAACGUAUCAAGACGAAACAUUUUCAAAGAACCUAUUGAAAAUAAAUAUACAGAUUUUUCACAUUUAGAAAAUAUAACAAACCUAGAACAAAAAAUGAAUGAGCACAGUUUAGAAGUGAUACAUUCCAUUAAAAACUUAUCUUCUAUUAGUAAUCUGACCUCGAUUAUUAAUAGUAAUACGAAUAUACUAUUAGGGAAAAUACUGCAGGUAUUGAUGGCAAAAGAACUCGUGACAACAAGCAAACCCACGAUUGUCAUCAAAGAUAAUGCUACAUCAGGUCUCAUUUCCUACAUUAAUAAAAUCAAGCAAGACUUGGAAGACACUUUAGCUGUUGAAAGACAAAAUGCUUUGCUGUUAGAUGAUAAAAUUAAAAAGCUAAAUUCAAAAAUAGAUUUUACAGUAACAACGAAGAUUCCUAUGCAAGAAAAAUUACUUAAAAUCAAAGAUGAAGAGAAGCCAAAAUCGAAUAUUUUUACUGAGGUCUGCGUGGGUUUGAUUUUGGUAAUACUGGUUUGUUUUAUUUUGUACAAAAUAUACAAAUCUGAAUUUUAUUUGUCUAGAGUUCGGUCACGCACUAGUACGAGUAGUAGACGAAAUAUAGCAGAAUCUAUGGAAAGUGCACAAUUAUAAAUCUGUACCGCUUUUAUGUUUUGCAUUUGGGAUAUUACUUUAUUUACGCCAGUAAAAUUAGUUGUAAGUGUAGAUUAUAAAUAAAAAAAAAAAAAAUAUAUACCUACAUUUAAAUAUAUCAAAUAUAUAUUUAUCAAAUAUUUUAAAAAAUAGUACGUAAAUAAGUUAAGAGCAUGUACAUAAACAUAAUUUUAUUAAAAAUACGAGUAAGUAUUGCACAUUUACAUUACAUUCAACAAAUACUUAAAAUUAGCGAUGGUUUACAAUUGCCCGAACUAGGAUACCCUGUGUUUCAGGCGAAAUACAAUAUAUAUUAUAUUUUAUUAAUGUAAGUACUUAAGUCUAGUAUCUUUAUUGUAGGUACUAACACUUAUUAAGAAUAACAUACAGUUUACAGUUAAGUGAAGUAGCAAAGCGUCAUUUGUACAAUGUAUAAGUUUAAAUAAAUACAUACUGUAAC